CUGGGUCAGACAUUGGAUCGUCUGGCCCGACAGCGGGCAUCGGGUCACCAGGCAUGACAGCGGGCACUGGGUCCUCAGGCAUGGGACUGUCUGGGACAGCGGGCUCCGAGUCAACUGGCAUGACCGCGGGCACUGGGUCAGACAUUGGAUCGUCUGGCCCGACAGCGGGCAUCGGGUCACCAGGGCAUGACAGCGGGGAACUGGGUCAUCAGGCAUUGGAUCGUCUGGAUCGACAGCGGGCCAUCGAGUCAACUGGCCUAAUGGAAUCAUCAGGCUGGAUCAGUUCAUCAGGCUGGGCAUCGGGCUGAAUGAGGCAUCAGGCUGGGUAA